GUAUUCAGUCAAGAUAUCCUUGAUUGGGUGAUAAUCUUUCGCGAUUAGCUUUCACUUCCUCUGUCCUGUAUCAGCGAGGAUUCGUCCACAGAACAUAGAUCGAACAGUGCUUCGAAACUAUCUUAUCAGUCGAACGAUGCAAACUCGGAUGACAGCUCCACUCGGGCAGGUUCAGCCUGCCCAGAAUGCCAACACAACGUCAAGAAUACCUCAGCUUGCGUGAUCAUCUAUGCAGCAGGCAUUCUCUCUGAGCGAUCCUGCGGCCAAACUUGGCUGAUAAAAGCCAGCGAGGGGAAGCAGGCCCCUCAGAGACACUCCGCCUCUUCACCCCAUCAUCCUCCGAAAUGAAGUUCUCUGCUCUCCUCGCCCUCACUUUCGCUGCCGUGGCUAUCGCUAGCCCCCUGCCGCGUCCGGUCGAGUCGCUUGACGGCAAGAAUGACGGAUGGACGAUCGGUAGCAAGCCGGCUCAGUCUCGUCAGGUCGAGCCGCUUGAGAGCAAGAACGACGGAUGGACCAUCGGUGGCAAGCCUGCCCGCUCUGUUCAGUCUCGUCAGGCCGAGCCUCUCGAAAGCAAGAACGACAAAUGGUCCAUCGGUGGCACGCCUGCUCAGUCUCGUCAGGCUGAAUCCCUUGAGAGCAAGAACGACGGUUGGACCAUCGGUAGCAAGCCUGCUCAGUCUCGUCAAGUCGAGCCUCUCGAGAGCAAGAAUGAUGGAUGGACCAUCGGUGGCAAGCCUGCCAAGGCCCGGGCAGUCGAGCCCCUCGACUCGGACAACACGAAGUGGACCAUCGGGCAGAAACAGCAGCGCCAGGCCGAGCCGCUUGAAAGCAAGAACGACUCGUGGACCAUCGGACACGUGAACAACGCGCGAACUGUGACCGACGUCGGCCAUGCUGCCCGCUCCACAUCCGUUGCUCGUGCUCCCACUGUUGACACUGGAAACCACAACUGGGUAUUUGACCACGGGAAAUUCACCCCUGCCCCCCAGUAAAUGUCCUAUCAUCUGUAGUUUUACAACACGUCUGCGAUGUAUGAACUCACGGAUGCAUGAAUUUGAUUGGGCCUUGCGCCCACGUGUAAAUGAAA